AUGUAUGUGCUCACCGACGUUUGGCCAUACAAGGAUGCCAAGCUCGAGAAGGAAAUUAUGGACGAUGUAUUCGAGAAGUUGGCCAAGGUUGACGAGGAGAACAAGAAAAAUGGCACAUCUACCAAGCAUGCGGAGGACGCAAAGCCCUUCUUCCUCACUAUCUUGGAGGAUGGGCCCGUGGCAAACACUGAAGGUGACGACAUCACUGUGUUCCCCCCUAAUUAUCAACGGACUGAUGCCCGACAACUGGGCGUCACCUGGCCCUUCCUGUCAAGCUCGCGAAGGGGUCAACGGUGGCUUGUUAGAUGUCCUUCGGGACAAUGA